AUAGGAAUGCAAGAGAUUUCUGUGCAUUAAUUUUGUAUCCUGCAACUUUACCAAAUUCAUUGAUUAGCUCUAGUAGUUUUCUGGUGACAUCUUUAGGAUUCUCUAUGUAUAGUAUCAUGUCACCUGCAAACAGUGACAGUUUUACUUCUUCCUUUCCAAUUUGUAUUCUUUUUAUUUCUUUUUCUUCUCUGAUUGCCACGGCUAGGACUUCCAAAACUAUGUUGAAUAAUAGUGGUGAGAGUGGAUAUCCUUGUCUUGUUCCUGAUCUUAGAGGAAAUGCUUUCAGUUUUUCACCAUUGAGAAUGACGUUUGCUGUGGGUUUGUCGUAUAUGGCCUUUAUUAUGUUGAGGUAGGUUCCCUCUAUGCCCACUUUCUGGAGAGGUUUUUUUUUUUUUUUUUAAAUAAUUUUUAUUGGAGUAUAGUUGCUUUACAAUGUUGCGUUAGUUUUAUAAAUUUAUUUAUUUAUUCAUUUUUGGAUGUGUUGGGUCUUAGCUUCUGUGCAAGGGCUUUCUCCAGUUGUGGCAAGCGGGGGCCACUCUUCAUUGCGGUGCGUGGGCCUCUCACUGUCGCGGCCUCUCCCGUUGCGGAGCACAGGCUCCAGACGCGCAGGCUCAGUAGUUGUGGCUCACGGGUCUAGUUGCUCCGCGGCAUGUGGGAUCCUCCCAGACCAGGGCACGAACCCGUGUCCCCUGCAAUGGCAGGCGGACUCCCAACCACUGCGCCACCAGGGAAGCCCCUCUGGAGAGUUUUUAUCAUAAAUGGGUGUUGAAUUUUGUCAAAAGCUUUUUCUGCGUCUAUUGAGAUAAUCAUAUGGUUUUUCUUCUUCAAUUUGUUAAUAUGGUGUAUCCCAUUGAUUGAUUUGCGUAUAUUGAAGAAUCCUUGCAUCCCUGGGAUAAAUCCCACUUGAUCAUGGUGUAUGAUCCUUUUAAUGUGUUGUUGGAUUCUGUUUGCUAGUAUUUUGUUAAGGAGUUUUGCAUCUAUAUUCAUCAGUGAUAUUGGUCUGUAAUUUUCUUUUUUUGUAGUAUCUUUGUCUGGUUUUGGUAUCAGGGUGAUGGUGGCCUCAUAGAAUGAGUUUGGGAGUGUUCCUUACUCUGAAAUUUUUUGGAAGAGUUUGAGAAGGAUGGGUGUUAGCUCUUCUCUAAAUGUUUGAUAGGAUUCACCUGUGAAGCCAUCUGGUCCUGGACUUUGCUAUUGUUUUCUUUGUUUCUAUUUCAUUUAUUUCUGCUCUGAUCUUUAUGAUUUCUUUCCUUCUACUGACUUUGGGUUUUGUUUUUUCUUCUUUCUCUAGUUCCUUUAGGUGUAAGGUUAGAUUGUUUAUUUGAGAUUUUUCUUGUUUCUUGAAGUAAGCUUGUAUUGCUAUAAACUUCCCCUUAGAACUGCUUUUUCUGCAUCCCAUAGGUUUUGGAUCAUCGUGUUUUCAUUGUCAUUUGUCUCUAGGUAUUUUUUGAUUUCCUCUUUGAUUUCUUCAGUGAUCUCUUGGUUAUUUAGUAACCUAUUGUUUAGCCUCCAUGUGUUUCUGUUUUUUAUGUUUUUUUCCCUGUAGUUGAUUUCUAAUCUCAUAGUGUUGUGGCUGGAAAAGAUGCUUGAUAUGAUUUCAGUUUUCUUAAAUUUACUGAGGCUUGAUUUGUGACUCAAGAUGUGAUCUAUCCUGGAGAAUGUUCUGUGUGCACUUGAGAAGAAAGUGUAAUCUGCUGUUUUUGGAUGGAAUGUCCUAUAAAUAUCAAUUAAAUCUGUCUGGUCUAUUGUGUCAUUUAAAGCUUGUGUUUCCUUAUUAAUUUUCUGUCUGGAUGAUCUGUCCAUUGGUGUAAGUGAGGUGUUAAAGCCCCCCGCUAUUACUGUGUUACUGUCGAUUUCCUCUUUUAUAGCUGUUAGCAGUUGCCUUCUGUAUUGAGGUGCUCCUAUGUUGGGUGCAUAUAUAUUUAUAAUUGUUAUAUCUUCUUCUUGGAUUGAUCCCUUGAUCAUUAUGUAGUGUCCUUCCUUGUCUCUUGUAACAUUCUUUAUUUUAAAGUCUAUUUUAUCUGAUAUGAAUAUUGCUACUCCAGCUUUCUUUUGAUUUCCAUUUGCAUGGAAUAUCUUUUUCCAUCCCCUCACUUUCAGUCUGUGUGUGUCCCUAGGUCUGAAGUGGGUCUCUUGUAGACAGCAUAUAUAUGGGUCUUGUUUUUGUGUCCAUUCAGCGAGCCUGUGUCUCUUGGUUGGAGCAUUUAAUCCAUUCACAUUUAAGGUAGUUAUCGACAUGUAUGUUCCUAUUACCAUUUUCUUACUUGUUAUAGGUUUGUUUUUGUAGGUCCUUUUCUUCUCUUAUGUUUCCCACUUAGAGAAGUUCCUGUAGCAUUUGUUGUAGAGCUGGUUUGGUGGUGCUGAAUUCUCUUAGCUUUUGCUUGUCUGUAAAGCUUUUGAUUUCUCCGUCAAAUCUGAAUGAGAUCCUUGCAGGUAGAGUAAUCUUGGUUGUAGGUUCUUCCCUUUCAUCACUUUAAAUAUGUCGUGCCACUCCCUCCUGGCUUGUAGAGUUUCUGCUGAGAAAUCAGCUGUUAACCUUAUGGCAGUUCCCUUGUAUGUUAUUUGUUGUUUUUCCCUUGCUGCUUUCAAUAAUUUUUCUUUGUCUUUAAUUUUUAUCAAUUUGAUUACUAUGUGUCUCGCUGUGUUUCUCCUUGGGUUUAUCCUGCCUGGGACUCUCUGUGCUUCCUGGACUUGGGUGGCUAUUUCCUUUCCCAUGUUAGGGAAGUUUUCAACUAUAAUCUCUUCAAAUAUUUUCUUGGGUCCUUUCUCUCUCUCUUCUCCUUCUGGGACCCCUAUGAUGCGAAUGUUGUUGCGUUUAAUGUUGUCCCAGAGGUCUCUUAGGCUGUCUUCCUUUCUUUUCAUUCUUUUUUCUUUAUUCUGUUCCGCAGCAGUGAAUUCCACUAUUCUGUGUUCCAGGUCACUUAUCUGUUCUUCUGCCUCAGUUAUUCUGCUAUUGAUUCCUUCUAGUGUAGUUUUCAUUUCAGUUAUUGUAUUGUUCAUCUCUGUUUGUUCUUUAAUUCUUCUAGGUGUUUGUUCUUUAAUUCUUCUAGGUCUUUGUUAAACAUUUCUUGCAUCUUCUCGAUCUUUGCCUCCAUUCUUUUUUCGAGGUCCUGGAUCAUCUUCACUAUCAUUAUUCUGAAUUCUUUUUCUAGAAGGUUGCCUAUCUCCACUUCAUUUAGUUGUUUUUCUGGGGUUUUUAUCUUGUUCCUUCAUCUGGUACAAAGUCCUCUGCCUUUUCAUUUUGUCUAUCUUUCUGUGAGUGUGGUUUUCCUUCCACAGGCUGCAGAAUUGUAGUUGUUCUUGCUUCUGCUGUGCAAAAGCUUUUAAGUUUGAUUAGGUCACCUUUGUUCAUUUUUCCUUUUAUUUCUAUUCCUUUGGGAGACUGACCUGAGAAAAUAUUGGUACAAUUUAUGUCAGAAUGUUUUGCCUAUGUUCUCUUCUAGGAGUUUUAUGGUGUCGUGUUUAAGUCUUUAAGCCAUUUUGAGUUGAUUUUUGUGUAUAGUGUAAGGGUGUGUUCUAACUUCAUUGAUUUACAUGCACCUGUCCAGCUUUCCCAACACUAGGGACAGUCUUCAAUGCUCAGUAUCUGGGGCCCUGGCACCCCAGGUCCGCAAGAGUUGAGUCCUAAGACAGCCAGGUUUCCGGGGAGUUCAGCCAGAAGGGGCCUUGAGAGCCCAGGAUUUGGGUCUUCUGAUGGGAGGUGGCAAAUCUCCAGAGGCUGGAACUCAACAUUACAUGCUCAGUUGAACCACUUCCACUCAGCAGCACGUCCUGUCCCAUCUAAACCCCCACAGAGACCUCUGACCCUAAACUGAGGCGGCAUGCCCUGGAGAUACCCCUAGGCAGGUCCUAGAUUACCGACAGGGGACAGAAAAGGAGUGGGGCUCAUCUGCUCCUCCCCUGGGAACACCAGACCUGCUUCAGGACUCAGUUUUCCCAUCUGAUAACAGGCCUGCAAAACAUUCCCUGGAAGAGCCUGGCCACCUCCGCAGGUCAGAGUGUUGCACCACGGGUACACGUAGACACAGGUAUGUGCAAGUGUGCACACAUACAGGCAGACACAUGCAUAAAUGUACAUGUACACAGGCAAGUGCACACACACAUGCACAUAUACAUGCACUUAUACAUUCAUGCACACACACGCACAUAUUAACCCACUUUAGCACAAUAAAGUACACAUACAAACACAUCUGCACAUGAAGAGAAAUGCACAAAAGCACAUCCAUGCACAUGCACACACGGUACACAAACAGGCAAGCAUAGACACACACAUGCAUUCACAAAGGCAUAAAAAUGCGACAUAAACACACAAGUAUACAUAGACAAACGUGUCAUGUCAUUGCCUUGCUUGGUACCAGUAAAGUAUACAUGCACACACCCAGUACACGUAGCAGACAUGCACACCCACCCAAGUCCAUUGGAAUCACGGAGGCACGUAGAGGCCUUGACCAGGUCAGAUCCAGACCUUGGUACAGGGCAAAUGCAAUGUCCACCUUUCCCUCUUGACUCCCUGCUGAGCAUGGAACCCUGGUUCAGAGUCACCAGCCCUUCUCAACUACGUCCUGCUGUGUGACCCUCUGAGCCUCCACUUCCUCAUCAGUAAAAUGAUGUGGGUACCUAUCCGCCAGGGCUGGUGUGAGCUAGGUAAGGAGCAGUGCUGAGCCCAGUGCUGGGCAGGGGUCAGGUGCUCCUUGCAUGCUUCUCCCUCUACUCCCUGCUGCCAGGCCUACCCCCCAAUGCCCCCACCCUGGAACUUGAGGCCCUCUCCUCCCCUUUCUGAGCCUGGAUCCUGUGGAACAUGUCUCCCUGCUCUGGAGCAGGGCAGGACUACCUCCAGGGUCUCUCCCAGAGGGUUUGGGGAGCAGCGUACAGGGGCUGCGGAGUCAGCAGUUGAGGGAUUGGGGCCAUGCCAGCCUGAUUAGGGCGGCUGGGGGCUGAGCUGGAUUCACCUGUCCUUGUCUCUGAUUGGCUCUUGGGUACCAACAACCCCCAAAUCCUACUAAGCAGCCCCAAUAGGGCCUGCACAGGUCUGUGGACAGCCAGUUGAUUGCCAGUUCUGAGGUCAGAAGGGUGUCUGGGGAGGCCAGAGGCUGGCCUGAGCCUGGCUCUGGGGAUCCCCUGCAUCCAGAAGAGCCAACUGACCACCCUGUUCCUUCAUCUCCUCCUGGGACCAUGGGGGCUGGGGCCAGCGCUGAGGAGAAGCACUCAAGGGAGCUGGAAAAGAAGCUGAAAGAAGAUGCCGAGAAGGAUGCUCGAACCGUGAAACUGCUGCUUCUGGGUGCCGGUGAGUCCGGGAAGAGUACCAUUGUCAAGCAGAUGAAGAUCAUCCACCAGGAUGGGUACUCGCUGGAAGAGUGCCUCGAGUUCAUUGCCAUCAUAUAUGGCAACACGCUACAGUCCAUCUUGGCCAUCGUGCGCGCCAUGACCACGCUCAAUAUCCAGUAUGGAGACUCCGCGCGCCAGGACGAUGCCCGGAAGCUGAUGCACAUGGCGGACACCAUAGAGGAGGGCACGAUGCCCAAGGAGAUGUCAGACAUCAUCCAGCGUCUGUGGAAGGACUCGGGUAUCCAGGCCUGUUUCGAUCGCGCCUCGGAGUACCAGCUCAACGACUCUGCUGGCUACUACCUCUCGGACCUGGAGCGCCUGGUAACCCCGGGCUACGUGCCCACUGAACAGGACGUGCUGCGCUCGCGUGUCAAGACCACUGGUAUCAUUGAGACGCAGUUCUCCUUCAAGGACCUCAACUUCCGGAUGUUCGAUGUGGGCGGGCAGCGCUCAGAACGCAAGAAGUGGAUCCACUGCUUCGAGGGUGUGACCUGCAUCAUCUUCAUCGCGGCGCUCAGCGCCUACGACAUGGUGCUUGUGGAGGACGACGAAGUGAACCGCAUGCACGAGAGCCUGCACCUAUUCAACAGUAUCUGCAACCACCGCUACUUCGCCACCACGUCCAUCGUGCUCUUCCUCAACAAGAAGGACGUUUUCUCGGAGAAGAUAAAAAAGGCGCACCUCAGCAUCUGCUUUCCGGACUACAAUGGGCCCAACACAUAUGAGGACGCGGGCAGUUACAUCAAGGUGCAAUUCCUCGAGCUCAACAUGAGACGCGACGUGAAGGAGAUCUAUUCCCACAUGACGUGCGCCACCGACACACAGAACGUCAAGUUUGUCUUCGACGCUGUCACCGACAUUAUCAUCAAGGAGAACCUCAAAGACUGCGGCCUCUUCUGAGGUGCCUGAACUCAAGCGUUCCUGAGACCCUGUAGCCCUUGCCGCCUUGUAGCCCCAAUCCGCAUGACCCCUAUCAGCCCCCCAGGACUCCUGGGCUCCAGCCUGUGGCCCCACCAGCCACAGAUUCAAAACCCUAAGCCCUGCUAACCUUGAGGGACUUACCCUCCCCCAUGGCUCCCAGGAUCCCCAGGUCUCCCAGAGUCCGGUGCCCCCAGCCACCCCAGCACUGCCCUUCACGGCCUGGCUGCACUGGCCUCCAAGACCCACCACAGCCAGCCCCAGCUAGGAGCAAGCAGGACUUGGGGCAGCUACAGCUCACAGUGACUCAGCAGUACCCCACUGACCAAUCUCCUUCUGCUCUCCUGCCCCAGGAGGCCCGUGAUUCACCUGGUGGGUCUGGGUUCAGCAAACAGCCCUCCCUCCCAGAGUUUCAUGAAGGGCAGGGGGGCAGGAAGGGAACCCUCCUCCAAGCAGCCCUGCUGCUUACCAUCAGCCCAUUCUAGCCUUACCACCUCCAUGUGACGAGUCUGACACCCAUCUGCCCAGUGGCCAGUGACUGCCCCACCCAGCAGCUUUAGGGGUCCAAAGUCCAAGCCAGCUCUGGCCUGUGAAACUCAUAUAUAGACGAAUUAGUGAGUGGGGGCAAGCCUGGGAGCUCCUGGUGCCAGGAAGAGACUCAAGCUGGACCCUUCCCCACAUAUCCUAACCCCUUCACCCACAGGCUCUGCCCCCUCCAUGCUUGGACACUGUAUUCAUGUCCUACUAACUUACACACCCACAGUACUCCAGGCCAGUCUGUUGAGGGAGGGUACUGUUGACACCAGCUGUGGCCAAUGGCUGAACUGUCCUGAGGGGUGGCUGGGAGCAGAGUCCAGCUCCCAUCGAUCAGCCCCAGGCAGGGGAUUUGGGACAGGAAGGAGGCCCAGAUUGUGCCCAGAGGGGUCUGCCCCAGGUAGGGUCAUAAGCAAACCCAGGUGACCCUCUUGUCCCUGCCAGCAGCUUCUCUCAUCCUUCCCAUUCAGGGCCCAUUCCCUGGUGGGAAAAACUGAGGUCCGUGCCUGAACCAUCAGUGACAAAGGCAUCCAUGUCCCCACACCCCUGCUCCCUACUUCCUCAUCAAGCACCAAGUCCUCGCUGAUGCUCGUGGGCUGGGGCCUGUGCUGUAGUCGAGGGCAAGGAGCAUCCGUCUAACAAGGCCAGGGCAUAAUUUGCACUCCCUUCAGCUAGAUACACAGACUCAGCAAUAAAUCUUUGCAUCAGGCCCCAGCUGUCCUUUCUUGGGGGGAGGGGGAGAGUGUUAAUGAUCAUGAGUCAUGCAAAUUUAUUAAGUGCCCAGUGCUGGGCUGGACGUGAGUGGGAAGG